AUGGCAACCAAAGCCCUAGCUGCAUGGGCUGUAGCCCUCCAAUUCACCAGCCUCCCCCCGCCCGUCACCGACAUGGCAGUCAAAAGCGUCUCCAACUGGGCCGGGUGCGCCAUUGGCGGUUACGCCCUUCCACCCGCCGGGGUAGCCUACGAGGCCGUCUCGCGUCUGCUCCCCCAUCACGCCGGGAAUGUAUCCCUUCUCGGCACCGGGGCCUGGACGGACGUCCAAACCGCCGCCCUGGUCAACGGCAUCGCCUCCCACGUCGACGACUACGACGACACGCACGCCGAGACGCCCAUUCACCCCUCCGGCCCGGUGGCCUCGGCGCUGCUGGCCGUCGCGGAAUGGAGCGCGCCGGUCUCCGGGCAGGACUUUCUGACCGCGUUCGUGGCCGGCGUCGAGGCCGAGUGCAAGCUCGGGCUAGCGGUGUACCCGGAGCACUACGACAUCGGGUGGCAUAUCACCAGCACGACCGGCUCCAUCGGCGCGGCCGUCGCGGUGGGCAAGCUGCUGGGCCUCGACGUGGAGCAGCUGCAGCAGGCGAUCAGCAUCGCCGCGGUGCAGGUCGUCGGCAUGCACGAGUCGUUCGGCACGGACACGAAGCCGUUCCAUGUGGGCCGGGCGGCGCAGUCGGGGCUGCUGGCGGCGCUGCUCGCGCAGAACGGGUACGGCGCCUCGCUGCAGGGCCUGGAGGCCGAGCGCGGCUGGGCGCAUGUUGUCAGCACGCGCGAGAACCUCACGGCGGAGUUUGGCACGCUCGGCACGACGUGGGAGAUCGCCCGGAACACGUUCAAGCCGUUCCCCUGCGACCGCAUCAUCCACGCUGCGAUUGACGGGUGGAUUCAGAGUCACCAGCUGGCUGGACGGAAGGGGCUUGAUCUCGCUGGGGUUAAGAAUGUGACGGCGCGGACGAACCCGCGGGUGCUGUUUCUGACGGAUAACCGCGAGCCGAGGACGGGGCUUGAUGCCAAGUUCAGUGUUUAUCAUGCUGCUGCUGUAGCUUUGCUGUUUGGUCAGGCGACGCCUGCGCAGUUUACUGAUGAGAUGGUCAGGAAUGCUACUGUCGUUGCGUUGCGGGACAAGGUCCAUGUUACCUCGGACGAGGGGGUGAGUGAGCAUGAGGCAUUCGUGUCGGUGGAGUUCCAGGACGGCACGCAGUUGGAUGUUCAUGUCGAGCAUGCGCUGGGGAGUAUGGAGAAUCCGUUGUCAGCGAAGCAGCUGAAAGACAAGUUCAUCGAGCAUGCUGGUUCGCUUAUUGGAGCGCAACGCGCUGAGAAGGCGUUUCGGGGGUUCUCUAGUAUAGUCAACAGCACGGAUGUUGGAUCAAUCUCGCGCGAGUUUAGGAAGUAG